AUGAGCGGCUCUGAUACCAAAUUUGUUACGCCUCGGGACUUGGAUCUCGUGAUUGGACCAGUGCUUGAAUUCACAGGUGAAGGCGAUACCCGUUGCCCAAUGGAAGGUCUUGAUGUUACCAUAUCAACAACACAAAAGGCUUAUGAAGAUGCCAAAUGUUUGAAUCAUUUCAAGGUGAUAGUGGAAGUAGGAAUUGGACAUGACGUGACAUCAUCAAUGCUUAAAGAAGCGAGUGAUUGGUUUGACAAGUUUCUCAAACUGUAGAAAUUUCUCAUGCAUGUGUAUGUAUGAUACCUUUAGGCCCU